UUCCAGAUUCUAUAAAUUGAAAAGCAUGUUCGUUAUCGUUAUUAGUUCGAAAUCAUGAAGUGCAACGGGCUGCUGCUACUGAUUUUAUGCGCAAUAAGAUCAUCUGCAGCGGAUGUAGAUGACCCGACACUUGUCACUUUACCAGAGGGCCAAAUAAGAGGUCAAGCCCUGCGGUCUCCAAACGACAAUGUUUAUUACGCAUUUCAAGAAGUACCGUAUGCAGCUCCACCUGUAGGCGCAUUAAGAUUUCAAGCACCAGUAGCGCUAGCUAAAUGGGAAGGAAUAUUAAACACAACGAAAAAUGAAAAAAUUUGUUACCAAGGUGGAGACGUCUACAUACCGAUUCCCGAAUUAAAUCCAACGGAAGACUGUUUGUACUUGAAUGUUUACACUCCUCUGAAACCUGGACAAACUUCACAAACCCCAUUACCGGUGUUAAUAUGGAUACACGGAGGUGGAUUUGAAACUGGAACUGGUGCUAUUCAGAUAUUCAAACCUGGAUUCGUCAUUGACCAUGAUAUUGUUGUUGUCACCAUAAACUACCGUGUAGUAGCUCUAGGAUUUCUGACAACAGAAGACGGAGUCAUACCAGGAAACUUAGGAUUAAAAGAUCAACAUUUUGCCUUCCAGUGGGUUAAAAAUAAUAUCCAUUUAUUUGGUGGGGACCCCGAAAAAAUUACGAUAUCUGGUGAGAGUGCCGGAGGGGCAUCUGUGGGAUUACAGUUAGUAAGUCAACGAAAUAAAGGCUUAUUCAGAGGUGCUAUUUUACAAAGUGGUACCUCAGUAGCACAGUGGGCACAUCAAAACUAUGCAAGAUUCUACGCUUUCGAAUUAGCUCGAAGUUUGGACCCAAGUUUCACUUCGGAUAAUUCAACGGAAUUACUAGAACUGUUGCAAAGCUUUCCUGCUUCAAACAUAAACAACAACACAGUUACUGCUGCUGUUGGAAAAGAGUCUGCGUUAUUGGGAAGUUUAAUAUGGCUGCCUGUAAUUGAGGAGGCUAGUCUAGAUGGAGCACUCAUCACGGGUUUAUUUCAUGAGGACAUUAGAACAGGAAACAUAAACCAAGUUCCCAUAAUCAUUGGCUUUAACUCUGAGGAAGCACUAUUGUUUUUGAAUAGUGAUCCUUCAGAUGUUGAGGUGCGUGCGAAAUAUUUCGACAGUGAUUUAUCCAACCUUAUUAGAAACCAGUUCAAUAUGACCAAAGAGAAACAAACUGACAGCUGGCACUAGACUGAGGCAAAUUUACACCGACGGAACAUUUGAAGACGAUCCUGGGCAAGUAGUGAAGUUUUUCAGUGACGACUUGUUCAUAACCCCAUCUAUUAGGCAUGCAAAGUUACAAUCCAACUAUUCCGACGUUUAUAUGUACCAGUUUUCAUA